CAUCCUCCGCAUACACUUCAGAUUUGCUAUGAUCACUGACACUGACACGAACGAACACUCGUUCUUGCGUGCUGCACCACUCGGUCGCAGAUGCUUCUCGCGCGCCGCGAGCUGAAUUUUUCUUUUGUUGGCUAGCUCACCUGCAGCCAACGCCACUCGCUCGCCGCGAUCGAUCUAUCCACGUACUGAUCACCAGCGGUUAAAACCCCCAAACACAUCAGCAGCAGCCUCCGUCAUCUCCACGCAGAGAUUGAUCAAACUCGUCAGUUAAUCACCAGUUGGAACAAGAUCGCAUCAGAGUUUCCGGAAAACUGUUGGUAUAAUUUGAUGGGGGCGCUGGCGGCGUCGAUCGCGUCGCACCUGCCGUCGGGGGUGUCGGCGGCGGUGGCGGCGCUGGCGGCGAGCCCGGGGGAGGUGGUGAGGAGGGCGGCGGGGCUGGAGGACGAGCUCCGGGAGCUUCUCCGGCUGAACGGCGGCGGGCGCGGGCGGGGCGGCGCGGCGGCGGAGCAGGGGCAGGGCGAGCAGACGAGGGACAGGUUCGUGCGCGCGUACGAGCGGCUCAAGAGUGAGCUGCUCAACGACCGAGCCUUCAACUUCGACUUCACUGAGGAGACCAGGCAGUGGGUCGCCAAGAUGAUGGACUACAACGUGCCAGGAGGGAAACUGAACCGUGGGCUCUCGGUGGUGGACAGCUACAUGCUGCUGAGACAAGGAACCGAGGUUGACGACGAGGAUUUCUACCUCGCCUGCGUGCUCGGUUGGUGCGUCGAAUGGCUGCAAGCGUCAGCCCUUGUGCUCGAUGACAUCACGGACAACGCCUACACGAGGCGAGAUAACCUCUGCUGGUACAAGCUACCAACGGUUGGCAUGUCUGCUAUAAACGAUGGUGUGCUGCUCAAGUGCCAUGUCCAGGCAAUCAUCAAGAGAUACUUCAAGGAGAAGUUCUACUUCCUGGACCUCAUGGAGCUAUGGAACGAGAUAGGCUUGCAGACUGCCAUGGGGCAGAUGCUGGAUCUCAUCACCACUCAUACCGGCGCCAAGGAUCUCGCCAGAUACAGAAUUCAGGGGUACCGUCGCAUUGUCAAGUACAAGACAUCAUACUAUUCGUUCUACCUGCCGGUUGCAUGUGCAUUACUCUUGAAUGGCGCGAGAUUGAGUGACUAUGUUGAGCUGAAAAAUGUACUUAUCGAAAUGGGCGUAUACUUUCAGAUACAGGAUGACUACUUGGAUUGCUUUGGUGACCCAGAAGUGAUUGGCAAGGUUGGAACAGACAUUGAAGACUACAAGUGUUCCUGGCUAAUAGUACAGGCUAUGGAACUCGCCAAUGAGAAUGAGAUGAAAAUACUAUAUGAGAACUACGGGAAGUCUGACCCAAAAUGCGUAGCAGAAGUGAAGAGCGUUUACAGGGAGCUUGAUCUUCAGGACAUAUUUUUGGAGUACGAGUCAAGAGUUUACAAGCACCUGGUUUCGACCAUCGACGCCGAGACUGACCGUGCAAUUCGGGAUAUUUUGAAGUCGUUUCUGAAGAAGAUUUACAGGAGGAAGAAGUAGAAACACCUUUCCACAGUGGCUGCUUGAGUUCGGACACAACCGCUUGGCAAGUUGGACAGUUGGAGGAUGCGAUGCGCUACAUUGAAUGACAUGCAUAUGCCCUCUGAUACUGUUCACAAAAAAAAUUGUAACUUCUGGAACUGGGAGAGGAUACCGCCAUGCACACAUGUGGCUAAGUAAAAGAAGACAUAUGUAUUGUGUUGCUAUGUGACACUAAUAAUAUGCAAUAGAAUGGUCUUCCGUAGUAUGUGAAAAGAGUAUGUUUUUUAAUGUUAAUUUGGUAAUAAAAUUUUUAGUACAAUGGUAUGUAUGGUUGUAGAUGUAUAAAUUCAUCCAUGUUGAGAGCAUUGUUGGACCGGACAUGGCAAUCCAUGAAGUGUUUUAGUUGGGUGGA